AUGCACCUAACAGACGUGGCUCUUACCGGCUUUGGACUCGUUGGCUUAUCUCUGGCUUCACUUCUUCCCGGUAGCCAGCACAUCUUCUCCAACCCCUCAUCAGAGUCGACUUCGGGCUUCAGCAUCCCUUCUGUGCACGAGUCUGCUGUCCAAGCACGCCGUGUUCUUCGUCUGGAAAACAUUGGCACUUUGUCGACUGUUUUCCCUUCUGACGCCUCGGCAAAUCACCAUGACAUUCACUCCACAGAACAACGACCUCAUGGACUGGGAGGCGUUCCAAUCGGCUUGAUGGACUACUAUGCCGACUGUGAGCCAAAGAGUGGCAACCCUACCAUUCUUGCCAUAGAUAUUGCUACAUCAUUCAAAAACGUGGCAGCUGGCAGCAACAUUACUUUGAGUCUACGCUGGCACCCUCAAGAUGGUCAUUGGCAUAGCGCUGCCAGUCUACCUCGGUUUUCUCUUGUUGGUCACCUUGAAGACAUUGACGACUCUGAUGCUUCAAAGGCUGGUCUUGCCACCUGCUUCGUCAAAAAUCAUCCUGAUGCGGUUGCAUGGCUACCAGGCAAUCGAAUUCACACCAGCCGCUGGGUCAGACUUGUCGUCGAUGAUGUUUAUUGGAUUGGCGGUUUUGGGGAUCGUGCCUAUAUCGGUUGGAUUCCAUUGGAGACAUGGCACAACGUUACUCAAAAAGAGAUUGAUGCAUGCAGGUUGCCAGGCGAGAAGUCGACUUGGAGCUGGGCGGACUGGCUGUAA